AUGGAUGCCGAUAAACCAUUUGUUCAAAGGGAUAUAAGCAAGAGUCAGUUGGCCGAUGGCAACCAGUCCAAUACUCCCUUUGUUUCACACCCAGCAACCCCUCGUAUGUUGAGAAGUACUAGUGGGAAUUUGAAGACAAAAUCAGAAGUGGAUACAUCUGGCCUGAAUGAAAAGAACCUGGAUGCGCAAUUGUUACCACCGCUUUCGAUUCCAUCACCUGCUCCAACCCCGGUCGGAGUCUUGAAUGUACAAGGACAAAAGGCGAGUACCAAACCACUCCCUAAACCGAGGGAUGUGGUAUCACCUACACUGAGUAAGGGGUCGCAAGGGCAGAACCCACUGCAGCAAAUGAAUCGCAGUCCGAUGACUCCGAGCCAGUAUUCUAAUCAUCCGUCUCAGCAACGCCAUCAGACACCUCAGCUGCAAAGGCAACAACCAUCGUAUCAAUAUGAUCCUAACCAGCAAACACAAACAAAUCAUGUACCCCAUCCAUCAAGUCAACUUCAACCAUCACCAUCGCAAACGCCGCAGCAACAACAAUACCGUCUGCAGCAACCACUGCAGCAACCACUGCAUCGUCUGCAGCAACCACAGCAACCACAACCCCAACCCCAACAGCAACCACAGCAACAACAACAAUCUCACCAACCCCAACAGCAGCAGCAACAGCAGCAAUUUCAUAGAAAAUCUAUCGGCGAUUGGAACUUUGUAAAGACCAUUGGGGCUGGAUCCAUGGGAAAGGUGAAGUUGGCUCAGCACAACACAACUCACGAGAUUUGCGCAGUCAAGAUUAUACCACGAGCCGCAAAGCUUUAUCAAAGAGCUCAUGCGCAUGAUCCACCACCACAGACGUCUCAAGAAGCUGCUCAGAGACACAAGGAAUUCGAAAAGGAGUUGGCAAGGGACAAGCGAACCAUUCGUGAGGGUGCGCUUGGUAGAUUGCUAUUUCAUCCGUUCAUUUGUAGGUUGUAUGAAAUGGUUCCCAUGACCAACCACUACUACAUGUUGUUUGAAUAUAUUGAAGGUGGACAAAUGUUAGAUUACAUUGUUGCUCACGGCUCUUUGAAAGAAAAGCAUGCAAGGAAAUUUGCACGGGGAAUAGCUUCAGCAUUGGAUUACUGUCAUCGAAAUAAUGUGGUGCAUCGAGAUCUUAAGAUUGAAAACAUUAUGAUAAAUGAGAAGGGGGAUGUAAAGAUUAUUGAUUUCGGUUUGUCCAACUUGUAUUCUCCAAAGAAUUUAUUAAAAACAUAUUGUGGGUCGCUUUAUUUUGCUGCACCUGAGUUGCUUAGUGCUAAACCUUACAUCGGGCCAGAAGUUGAUAUUUGGUCGUUUGGUGUGGUGCUAUAUGUGUUGGUUUGUGGGAAAGUGCCUUUUGAUGACCAAUCAGUGUCUGUACUUCACGAAAAGAUCAAAAAGGGUAAUGUAGAGUAUCCGAAUUUUCUUUCAAAAGAGUGCAUCAAUUUGCUAUCGAGAAUGUUGGUGGUGGAUCCUAAUAGAAGAGCUUCUCUUUAUGAGAUUUGCUCGCAUCCUUGGAUGAACAAAGGCUAUGAUCAUAAAGUGUCAAAUUACCUUCCACGAAGAGAACCCUUGCGUUUACCAUUAGACCCCGAAGUUAUCAAACAGAUUGCUGCAUUUGAUUUGGGCUCGGCACAAACCGUGAGUGAUGAAUUAACAACCUUGCUCACCAGUGUUGAGUACCAAAUGAGCACCGAAAACUGGUACAACAUAACAAGACAAGGCAAGGAGUAUGCAUCUGCACCAAACUCCAAUAUUCUUCCUGAUCCCACUGGUGGGUUUCAUCCAUUGAUCUCGAUCUACUAUUUGGUGGUUGAAAUGAGAAAGAGAAAAAAGGCAAAAGAGGAAGCUAUCAAGGCUCAGCUUGCGCAACAAGAGCAACAAAAACAACAGCAGUUGCAACAACAAUAUCAACAACAAAUGCAACAGCAAAAGCUCCUACAACAACAGCAACAGCAACAACAACAGCAACAACAGCAACAACAACAGCAACAACAACAACAACAGCAACAACCGGUUUACACAUCCACGCCAAUUCCUGUGGAGGAUUAUGCACCCCAACCAAUCAAGGGUGUAGACACAACACCUCGAUCUAGAACACAACAACAAUCGCAUGAGACUGCUACUCAAGUCCCUAUAGUGGGGCAAUACAAUCCAUCUAGAGAAACCCCAAACACGCCGCAACCUAGAAUUGUUGAAACAUUUGCUGGCACCUCGUCGUCGAAAACUUUGGACCCAAGGUACGAGCACUCGUCAGGUGUUACAUCACCAGCUGCUCAAACCCCAGUUAUUUCAAUUCCUGAGCAAGCCCAUACAUCCAAUACUCCCUCCACGUUUGACAAUCCACCCAUCGCAUCGAACAAGCCCGAUCAACUUGAAAUUCCUUCCCAGCAACCAAGAAGUCCUCGAAGCACUACUCCGAUUGAUACAUUGGAUCCCACAAGAGGUGGCGGCGGAGCUUCAGGUGGUGGUGCCGGCUUCAACAACUUGUUUAGGAAACUUUCAAGUAAGAAAUCUAAAGGCUCCGGAUCUCCAAAGGUUGUCUCCCCCCCUAGCCAUGACUAUGAUUCUGCAAGAGGUCUGCCUCAUUCUUCUCAAAGCACCCUUGAUCCGUUGAUGCGUCGUGGUGUAAGUAUGAAGGUGACAGCAAAGGAAAAAGAAACCGGUGCUAGGUUAUCACCUACGAAACCGGAAAGAAAAGACAGGAAGCGAGACGCAGCAGUGCAUGCCCACUCUGCAUCUACAUCUACACCUAAUCGUCCUCACGGGUUCAUACCUGUUGAAUAUUUGCCACCACUACCAAAUUACGAUCCAAGUACUAAUACAGUGACUCAAAACACAUCUACAAAACAGCAAACUUUAGCAGUUCCAUCAUCACGUAAAUUGCACCCUACAGCAAGAGCCAAGUCAGUUGGUGGUCAAAUUAGGAAAGAUGCGUAUGGUCGUGGCAGAAGUAAUACAGCUAGUCAAAACAAUGCCAAUAUAGAUCUUGCUCAUUCAACUAGUCCCCACAAUACAGAGUUGUCAUUUGAUGAGAGUGCCACAGGAGCAUUAUUUGAUGAUGUUAAAUUGGAUGAUAUGGAAGUUCAAGAAGUACCGCAACUUACCGAGGACGAGAUUAUCAAACAGUAUAAUGAAGCUAAACCCGGCUCAAUGCCAUCUAUUGAGCAUUGUAAGACUCUAUUCUUGAAAGGGUUUUUUAGUGUUCAGACAACCUCAACCAAACCAUUACCAGUGAUUAGAUACAAUAUCAUCAAUGUUUUGAGUCGGUUAGGAGUCAGAUUCCAAGAAGUUAAAGGAGGUUUCAUUUGUGUUCACACGCCAUCAGUACAACAACAAGAACAACAUCCCUUGCCACCUCCACCAUCACAUGAGGAUGAUGCAGAGGAUCAAAUUUUGGAUGCGUAUGCCAGCAAUGAUGAUGGAAAUGACGAAGAAAAUAAAUUGUAUGGUGAUGCAUUCAAACUGAAAUCAUCAACUUUAAGGUCUUCAUCAUUUGAUGAACCAAAAGUGGAAAACAGAUCUGAAGGUGCUCGAACUCCAAGUCGUCAAACAUCGAUGAAUAUGCAAUCAUCAGGACUAUUAUCACCAUCAAGUACCCACAACAAGCCACAAAGAUCAUUAACUAUUGGUGGGGGUGGUGUAAGUGGAUCCUCUGGGCAUAGGAGAAAAGUUUCUAUCGGUAAUACGUUCCUCAAUACUUAUCGUAAGAAGAAUAAUUCACAAGUGCAAAUGCCACCAAAUACCCCAGCUACUGCACGUACAAUUAGAGGAAUGUAUGGUGAUCACGACAACGGCGAAGAUGAUGAUAAUGAUGAUGAUGGUGACGGUAAUUUCCACAAUGGAAGUAUAUCCAACCGUACAGGAAUUGAUUAUGCCAAUGAUACUCUUGAACUUGACAACUCAGCCGAUUCAUUGAGCGGAUACGCGGGGGGAAGUGAUAUGUUGAUCUCGUCCAAGAUUGAACAUCGUGCUAAUCAUCAACGCACAACCAGUGCCGCUAGCGCAGCUAGUGCUGCAAGCAACUCUAGUCAACAAUACCAACAAUACCAACAACAACAACAACAGCAACGUCGCAGUGGUGGUGGAGGUGCAGGAACAAGUGGCUCUUCCAAAUCCCCAUUGAAGUUUGAAAUCCAUAUUGUUAAGGUGCCCCUUGUAGGAUUAUACGGUGUCCAAUUUAAAAAGUUGUUGGGUAAUACAUGGAACUAUAAAACUUUAGCUGGUCAAAUUUUGAAUGAGAUGAAUUUGUAA